AUGCACACCCAAUUUCGAUAUUCACCUUGCUUUGGACAUCAAGCACGAAGUGCAUCUCCGAUCCACCCAUGGGAUUGCGGAGGGUAUGACGGGUCAUCGACGUAUUCGUCGUCACCGCCAUGCAGUGGCGAUGCUACACCGUUGAGUAUCACGUCAGAACCUGCAAGAAGACGAAGUAGAUUACAGAAAGUCCACAGAGCAUUGAAUAUCUCAAAACAAUCGGCAUGUGAUUGCACUGUUGGGAGCCAUAGAAACAAUCAUUCAUCAAGCGUCAAUUCCACAUUCAGUGGCAAAGUUGGAACGUCGAUGGGCCAGAAAUUGAGGGACGGGCAUACAAUCGAAUGUGGGAAGAUGUCGACAACAAUGCACGUGCCCGGAGCUGAUAACCGAAGACACAAUCCUAUGCAUUCAAUGGUCAAAGAUCUACCAGAAGUAAUGCCACCAAUACCGGCUGAUUAUGCGAAUAUCGAUACCUCGAAGAUAUAUCGAGGAGUACGGCCAACUCUACCACAAAGGACCAAUUAUCGUUUAUGGCCAGUCCUCAGGUCAGAGCCCCAUCCGGUAUACGUGCAGCCCGCGAGGGAGCUCGUAGUAAAGAGAUGGAAAUCAAUAAGGCGCCAAUUUGGGGGUAGCUUGCAGGCUUCCUUACCAAGAAGAGGAUCUAGAAAUGACGAAUCAGAGUCAGGAAGUGAUGCAACAAGUCCCGCACUCAGCACGGAUGCAAGGGCACGGAGGCGCCGGGCCCAAGAGAGGGGUGACAUUCAUAGUGCUGGUGGUGAUGAUAGCCCGCACUACAACACUCCAAGAAGCGGUGCGAUGACACCACUGACGCCACUGAGCCCAAUGGAUCCAAUGACUCCCUUGACACCUUUUACGAUCCCCACAACGCCUCCUGCGACACCUAUGGCCCCUUCACUACCAGGUUUAAGGCCAAUGUCUCCUUUCUUUAAGGUAGCAGAUACUAUGGCAGCCGUCACGAUCUUUUCUAGCUGA